AUGAUAGACUCGACGACAAACAUAGGGGCGCCGAGAUGCGGGAGGUGGAGUUGUGAGAGAACGAGAGGUGGGUUCCGGGCCCUUCUUUAUCCUCCUCGUUCGGCACAUAGUGGGGAAGUGAGGUGUGUGUUUUUCUUAACGGACUGGCGUUUAUCACUCAAUUCGAAAUCGCUACUAACUCCCUGCGACCCCAGCAACAACCUCACGCUCUCGCUCGCACCAGGCUGGGCAUUCGUAGAAACUGAGGGGUGGAGACCGGAUGCACUGGGGAGGUCUCUGCCUCUGUUCUAA